AUGACCAAGCUAACAGCAGCCGCUCUUGCCGCAUUCGGCAGUGCCCAGCUCGCGAUCCGCCAGGAGGGCGAGCAGCAAGUGCCCGGCAUGCCUGGCGCCGGCGACAUCGCUCGGUGCACCGCAAACGGCGACUGCCCCGUCUCGCUCUCGACCAGCACUUGCCUGGGCAAGAUCGACCCUCAGUGUGCCGAGGAGCUCUGUGGUAUGGAGAAUCUGGGCCAGUGCGUCGCCUGCGCGACGAGCACUGGCUCGCUCCAGAUGCUCUGUCCCGAUGCCGACCUCUCGUCCAACGCCACCGCAAACGGCACCGCGACCAACGGCACGGCCGUGAACGGCACUGAUGCCGGUAACGCCACUGCGCCCGGCAACGCGACCGACGCCAACGCCACUGCCCCCGGGAAUGCGACCGACGGCAACAUGACUGCCGGGGGCAACGCCACGGCCGCCGGGAACGGGACUGGCGCCGGGGCUGGGAAUGGCACCGGGGCGGGGAACGGGACCGCGCCCGCUGGCGGCGAUGCGGGCGCCGUGCAGCUUAUUCCGGCCGCUGUCCUCGGCCUGACCCUCCUCGCUGGCGCGUUGCUUGUCUGA